AAUUUAUGACUUGUCUCUGGUCCUUUCAAACUGCCUCCUGUUUCUCACAAUACCACACACACAUACAUACACAAAAUCAACCUUUAUUAAUCUCUGGGACAUUCUGAGCCGUUUAAUCCACUGUUGAGGUGACCCUGCAGGAACUGGAGAGCAAGCCCUUGGUUUUGGAGUUUGGAAUAUAAACUGGGGGGUGGGCGCCGAGAUCAAGAGGAACUGGAGAUGGCAAAUUCCGGGUUUCAGCUACUUGGCUACUUUUUGGCUCUGGGUGGAUGGGUCGGCAUCAUAUCCACCACCGCGCUCCCCCAGUGGAAACAGUCCUCCUACGCCGGAGAUGCGAUCAUUACCGCGGUGGGGCUAUACGAGGGUCUCUGGAUGUCCUGCGCUUCCCAAAGUACCGGGCAAGUUCAGUGCAAAGUGUAUGAUUCCCUGUUGCUGUUGGACGCCCACAUCCAGGCUUCCCGGGCGCUGAUGAUUGUUUCAGUUGUUCUUGGCUUUAUUGGCAUCAUCGUUAGUGUCGUGGGAAUGAAGUGUACAAAAGUAGGAGACAAUAACCCACUCACCAAAAGCAGGGUCGCAGUCUCAGGAGGGGUGCUUUUUCUCAUGGCUGGACUCUGCACCCUAGUGGCGGUAUCCUGGUAUGCAACAAAAGUUUCAAAUGAGUUCUUUGACCCUUUAACACCAGUCAAUGCCAGGUAUGAGUUUGGCUCGGCAUUGUUUGUAGGAUGGGCAGCUGCGAGCCUGACCAUUCUGGGAGGAUCGUUCCUCUGCUGUUCCUGUCCAAACGAAGAAAGAAGGGGCCAAUCAUACUACAGGCCCUCUCAGCCGUCUACAGUCAAAGAGUACGUCUGAAACACAGCGCAGGGAAAUUAAUCCUCAAGCAGAAGUCAGCUUAAAACGGAAGGUUAUCAAAACCCCCAGGAGGGUCCUGCGAUC